GACGUGAUGUGGGAAAGGGUCCACAGCGAGGACAGGACAGCACCCGGGAGCGCUGGGGCCAAGAGAGCUCCAAGCACCAGCCGCUGUUACCCGCCCUCCCCCAGCGCUGGAGACAGACGCAGAAGAGAUCCAGGUGUGGGACAUGGGGCUGGUGUUGGCAUCGCGGGUGUGCACAGCUCCAGCUGGCCGCUCGGGUCCUCCAGGUCCUUGAGGCGACUGCUACGGCCACAAGGAGCUGAGAAGAGCCAGAAUCUGUGUGACGGGACUGCGAGCCAGGCAGGGGAGCAGAGGGGACCCCACAUGCCGUGCAGAGCUCAGGGCUGACCCUCCCCUGCUCUCCCCAGGCCAUGGGCAGGGCUGGCCCCGGCUCCCGCAGCCCUGUGGGGUGGGGCAGGAGCAGCUCUGGCUUUGCGCUGCACCUUGGACCCUGCUCCCGGCCCUCCCUGCCACACCGGGAAGGGGAAAGUACAAAGGGCUCAGGGAUCCACGCUGCCUCGCAGGAGAGGAGAUGGCGACUGUGGGGGGACAGAUGGAUGCCUGGGCCCUGCGCCUCGGGGGCCUGCUCCUGCCUCUGCUCUUCCUGGGGACAGCAGGUUCCCAGCUGCAGGUGACCACGGCGCCCUCCUCCACGGCCCGCAUGGGCUCGGGGGUCCUGCUGCAGUGCCGGUUCGAUGUCGGGGGGCCCGUGGCCCUGGACUCCCUGUGGGUGACCUGGUAUUUCUGGGAGGAGAAGGUGGCCUGGUACGAGCAGGGCAGGAGGAAAGAACUGCCCAGAGCCAGCCUGCCGUUGGAGAAGGAGCUGGAGAGUGGAGACGCCUCCCUGUUACUUGCCGUGGUGACUGUGUCAGACGAGGGCUUGUACCGGUGUGUUGUGGGGUACAGGACACAGCAGCACCACGGGGAGACCAUCCUGCACCUACUUGCUGCCCCAACGAUCUCCAUCCCAAGAAAACCAGUCGUGGCCGAUGCUGAGACCUCCCUCCUGUGCCACGUGGGGCGGUUCUACCCCAAGGACGUGGACGUGGCGUGGCUGAGAGACGGGCAGGUCCUGAAGGGCUUCACCCGCUCCAGCCCCCAGAGGAACACGCACGGGACCUUCAACCUCACCCUGACCUACACCUUCACCCCCGCCCACAGCGACUCCAGCAGCAUCUUCUCCUGCCAUGUCCGCCAUGCGGCUCUGGAGCAGCCCAUACAGGAGGAUGUCACCCUGGACAUCCUAGCAGGGGAUCAGACUGGUGCUGUUGUUGGAGCCGUCCUGGGCAUCCUGAUUGGAGCAGGAGCCACGGUUGCUGCAGCCAUUUACUUCUGGAGGAAGAGAAAAAAAGGCUGGGCGGUCUCCUACAAUGUCCCAAAGGUGCAGGGACCGGACCGGUGCCUGCUGGGCCAGGAGGUGACCCUGCGCUGCUCCAUGGAGGGGACGUUCCCCGAGGACGUGGCCGUGACAUGGGAGAGGAUCCACAGCGAGGACAGGACGGUGCCUGAGAGCGCUGGGGACCAGGAGAGCCCCGAGCACCAGCCGCUGCUCCCCGCCCUCCCGCUGGGCUGGAGAGUGACCGAGGAGAGAGCUGGGACCCACCUCACGUCCUCCCUGACCUUCACCCCCACGCUGCAGGAUGACGGGGCGCGGGUCCGGUGCGUCUUCCUCCACGAGGCCGAACGGAUCAGAGAGGAGAGAGUGUCCCCGGAGAUCCGGGUGUGGGCCCGGCCGCAGGUGUCUGAGAUCCAGGUGUUGCCAGAGUGGGACCCCCGCGACAAGGUGCCGUUUGCUGUCCAGCUCCACAACUUCUACCCCAGGGAGGUGCCCCCGAUCCAGUGGGGCUGGGACGGGGCCGGGAGCUGGAGGGAAGACCCCACACAGAUAGACAAGAACGCGGACGGCACGUUCACCGCGACGAGCGUCUGGAGAGUGCCCAGCCGGAGCCUGACCCAGCCGGAGCUGCGAGUGCGAGUGUGCGUCCAGCACGGCCCCGGAGAGCCCGCGAGCGAGAGAGAGCUCAGCCUGAGGGCCGCGGGUCUCCUGCGGCCCCCAGAUGUGUCCAAAAUCUCCCAGACUGAGGCCACAGCCACGGGGAAGGGAGUCACCCUGAGCUGCCGCAUCACGGGGCAUUUCCCGGGGGAGCUGAGCGUGACCUGGCUGCGGAGGCGCAAGGGGGAGGCCACUGCUGUGAUCCUGCGGGAUGGAGCUGAGUGCAGGGUGGAGCCCGGCACGGCCGUCCUGGCACGGGACGGGAAGAGCUUCCAGCAGGAGACCAGGCUUACCUGCUGGACAUCCCGGGACAAGGGGGCAGAGUACAUCUGCCGUGUGGGACACCUCACCCUGCAGACCCCCAUCGAGAGGAGCAGCACCUGCCAUCCGCAUCCUCUUGACCAGGAGGUGGUCUCCCAGCCACAGGCCCUGGUCCCUUUGCAACGAGUGACCACGCAGCCCCUUCCAUCAGGGUCCUACACCAAGAAGCUGGCAAUAAUCCCAAUCAAAAAGAGAGCAAGAAAGAAGGAGAACAUACACGUAGAGAGCUCAGACCCCCACAGGAUGCACACCCCCGCCCCCAGCCCCGUGCCGGACGGGAAGUCCUACAGCGUGGAGUCCGAGCUGCGCCUCCCCCCCGCGGGGCCCGAGGACGACGGGGUGGAGUACCUGUGCCGCGUGCAGCACGAGGCCAUGCAGGAGCCCGAGUCCAGGUCCAGCGGGCGGCUGCGGGUCUAAGGUCAUUCAGAGUCCACCAAAGCCUCCAACACUUGAGGAGGGAGGAGGCGUCCGAAGACAGAGGCAGUGUCACCAGUGCCACGUCUCUGCCCUGACCCAGGGAGCACCAGGGACAGCGCCCACCGCGGGGCUGGGCUGGGGGAUUGGGAUGGGGCUGGGAUGCAGGGCUUGUGGCUGGGCCGUGGCUAUGUCGUCCCCAGGCCUCUGCUGGUGGCGGCUGCUCCUGCUUCCCUCCCUCCACGUGUGGCCUGUGCGGUGGGGCUGGGUGGGAGCCGCGGUGUGGGGUUGUCUCUCACUCUCUGUCCAUGGGGGCCCAGCCCCAUGUGGCCCCCGGGCUGCCAGAGUAAAGAUGACAGCACUGACGAUC